AUGGAUCAUUCCCAGUGCCUUGUGACUAUAUACGCCUUGGUGGUUCUGCUGGGUCUCCGGCUAGAGCAAGGCGCCUGCCAGCACUAUCUGCACAUCCGACCGGCUCCCAGCGACAACUUGCCCUUGGUGGAUCUAAUCGAGCACCCGGACCCUAUCUUUGACCCUAAGGAGAAGGAUCUUAACGAGACCUUGCUAAGGAACCUCAUGGGCGGACACUUCGACCCUAACUUUAUGGCUAUUUCCUUGCCCGAGGACCGGCUUGGAGUGGACGAUCUAGCUGAGCUGGACUUGCUGCUCAGGCAGAGACCCUCGGGAGCGAUGCCCAGCGAAAUCAAAGGGCUGGAGUUUUACGACGGGCUGCAGCCGGGCAAGAAGCACAGGCUGAGCAAGAAGCUGCGCAGGAAGCUGCAGAUGUGGCUCUGGUCCCAGACCUUCUGCCCGGUCCUAUACACGUGGAACGAUCUCGGCAGCCGCUUUUGGCCCCGGUAUGUCAAAGUGGGCAGCUGCUACAGUAAAAGGUCUUGUUCAGUCCCAGAAGGCAUGGUUUGCAAACCUGCCAAGUCCGUGCAUUUAACGAUCCUGAGGUGGAGGUGCCAGCGCCGGGGAGGGCAGAGGUGCACAUGGAUACCCAUCCAGUACCCCAUCAUUUCGGAGUGCAAGUGCUCCUGCUAG